GAAGCUCACAAUCCGCUUAAGCGGCUUCGUUUAUAAACAUCCCAGACGUGAAAACAUGACAGUCCUGGCACCGGUCAAGGUUAAUCUAGCUCCCGGAGCUUCCAUUCAUUGGCAGUAUUGUGAUUGUACAGGCCUAGUGACACCGGUCAACGUUCAACUUGCUCCCGGAGCUUUCCUUCAUGGCAUAUAAAUAUACGGGCAGCUGCACUUCUCUACAUCCUUGUCUAAAAUGUCGAUCUCAUCACUAGUCCUGUCGUCCUUACUCGGGACUUCCUACAUUAACCCGACAGGCUUCUUCCAGAGCUCUAGUGGCUCAGGCUGCGGGACUUCUGGUCCCACGUCGUGCCAAGAUGCUAACACGCCCCCCGCCGCCAAUACCUGCUGUUUUGAGACUCCUGGAGGCCUGAUCAUGCAGACACAAGUUUGGGACACAAAUGUCGCUGGUAGUCCCCAGGACAGUUGGACCAUUCAUGGUCUGUGGCCCGAUAACUGCGACGGCUCUUACAUUGAGCACUGCGAUCCCUCUCGUGAUUACACGGAUAUCGGUGAUCUACUCGAAUCCCAGGGUGCAUCGUCUACAUUGGAAUUCAUGCAACAGUAUUGGCUCAACGAUCAUGGGAGUAAUGAGGAAUUCUGGGAGCACGAGUGGGCCACACACGGCACAUGCUAUAGCACACUGGAUGUCAACUGCCUUCCCAGCAACAGCCCUACGGGUGCCGAGGCCGUGGCAUUCUUUGAGACUGUGGUGAAGGUCUUCCAGACCCUCCCCACGUAUGAUUGGCUUGCUCAGGCAGGCAUCACUCCGUCAUAUGACGAGACUUACUCGCUUUCGUCUUUGUUGUCGGCUCUCACAAAUGCCUCUGGAGGAUACACUCCAGCUUUGAGCUGCUCUCGAUCUGGGAAACUCGAAUCAAUCAGCUGGUACUUUAAUCUCAAGGGCUCUGUCAUUGAUGGCGAGUUCGUCCCAAUAAACAAUCCUAAGUAUUCUUCUUGCCCCUCGAGUGGUAUCCAGUACCUUCCCAAAGAAGGAUAAUACCGACGGGCAAAAUAGAGAAUACUAAGUACGCUCUGCUGUAGCAAGCAAAGUCUAUAAUUGUACAUGGCUUCUUGAUCCUUCGAACUUUCAUUCUGUCAGUACUAUUGUCGGUGAUAGAUUAUCUAGUCAUAACAUGCCUCCACC